CAAACGGUAUUAGAAGCGUUUUUAAUAUGCUUUAUAAAUUAAUGCAACAACAUUAUCGAGUAUUUGGUAGAAAUAGAGCAGAACUCGGAACAUGAUGCAUGGCGAACAAGCAUUUAGUAGGAAAUAUCUAUUUGAAAGGAAACUGCAUCCUCCUCGAUUUGGUUGAUGAAACGCACAUUUAAUCGCCAUUCAAUAUUAUUUUCUGCCGGUUGAAUUCACUCAACACUUCCUUUUUCUUAUCCUGGCCUUGAUGAACAAAAGCAACAACAAAAGCUUACAGAUGCUAUUUAGGGCCUACUUCACAUGACACGUCUAAAUGCACAAUUUAACUAACGGAACUAAAGUCUGACAUUAUGUUCGGUGCAUAGGAUCAGAGCCUACUGGUGGAAAGCUGUGCUGUGGUGUCCCAUGAGUUGUGAGAGCCAUGGACAGCAGACUGGGUCUGGGUGAUGAGGAGGGAGAUGUGGGGACCCUGUGGGCCUCUCUGGGCUGGCUGGCGUCCUGUGUGAUGGUGGUUGGAGGGGCUCUGCCCUACGCCCCACAGUACCAGCAGAUCCUCCGGACCAAGAACACAGACGGCUUCUCUACACGCGUCUGCCUGGUUCUGCUGGUCGCUAACAUCCUUCGCAUCCUCUUCUGGUUUGGGAAGCAGUUUGAGGUCACUCUGGUCCUGCAGAGUGUGGUGAUGAUUCUCACCAUGCUGGUGAUGCUCAACCUCUGCUGCUCUGUCCAGAACACCAACCGCAUCAGCACCAGACAGCACCACAUCACAGAUCUGGAACCCCGGUUCUUCUGGAGCUGGGACGGCUUCGAGGACUACCUCAUCUUCCUGUUGGCCUUCACCCUGCCCUGUGCCUUCACCACCCUUCUCCUCCUGGACUCCUCUCUGUUUGUGGAGACCCUGGGCUCCCUGGCUGUGCUGGCGGAGGCCAUGCUGGGGCUGCCACAGCUGCUCCAGAACCAACGCAACCACUCCACCACCGGCAUGAGUGUGAACAUGGUCCUGCUGUGGAUGGCCGGGGACAGCUUCAAGACGGCCUACUUCACCCUGAAGGAGAGCCCGCUCCAGUUCCUGUUAUGUGGGCUGGCUCAGGUACUGGUGGACAUGGCGAUCCUCUAUCAAGUGUGUCUCUACAGCCAAGACUCCUGGGACAAACUGGCCUAGCAAUCCCUAGCUAUCCCUAGCUAUCCCUAGCUAUCCCUAGCUAUCCGUAGCUAACCCUAGCUAAC